UGACGUCUCUCCGGUAGCGCAGACGAAGACCGCAGCAGCAGCGCGGCUGUUUCACAGACUUCAGUGGGGCUGAGCAGUCGACGGUGUCUCCUGCAGAGAAACAGAGAGAGAAGGAGAAACGAAGGAAGACAGAACUUGGUUUACCGAAAGGCUGUGCUUUUGCAGCAUGUUCCACCGUCGGCAGUCUCCGUUUAAACCAACUCGUUCAGCAACUGUGUGACUUUGCUGGUGUAAAGGCUUAUUUUCCGCGUUUCCCCGCAGUUGGAAAGAUUCGUCUCUUAUUUUUUUUCUUCCUUCGGCUGAUGUGAAAAUCGUGCCCGCUAUACUGGAAUGAUGUGGACCUCUCAUGAUACUGUUGGAUUUGUUUUCUUAGCUGGAUUUUGUGUGCAGUUCGGAUUCUCCUUUGAGGGUCGUUUCACGGAUCUGCCCUCUAACAUGACUGUUAAAGAGGGACAAAACAUAGAAAUGGCGUGCGCUUUCCAGAGCGGCACCGCUUCGGUGUAUUUGGAGAUCCAGUGGUGGUUCGUGAAAGCGCCGGAACCCACUGACAGCGAGGAGGACGUCGGUGCUGAGGAGAUGGAGAUGAUACCAGAGCCUGAUCCUGAUGACGAGGGAACAAAAAUAAGUACAGUGAAGGUCCAGGGCAACGACAUCUCACACAAGCUGCAGAUCUCCAGGGUCGGCAAGAACGACGAGGGCCUGUACGAGUGCAGGGUGACGCGGGCGAACUACGGAGAGAUCGUGGAGUACAAAGCCCAAGCCUGGCUGAAGGUCAACGCCACUGCCAGGCCACGGCGACCACUGCAGCCUCCAAAGAAGAGUUCCCCGCUGCACCUGACUGACAAGAAACCAAGAAAGUCCAGCUCAGCACUGGGGCAGGACAGCAUGAGUUCAGACCAGAGGGUGGCCUCCACCUCCACCUCUCACACAUCCUCCAACACAGACAAACACAACCCCGGCUCAGGUACAAGAAUAUUUUCCUGCUCUGGACUGACCGUCCUCCUCCUGGCGUGUGGCGUGGUGAGGGAUGCCUUGUUAUAAUUCCAAGAACUGACAUGAUUUGCUCCCAGAUCUCGCUCUCUCUUUCUCUGUUUGCUCCCAAAGUGAACAAGAAAAUUGCCUGUUCUACUCUCCCUCCCUCCCUCCCUCUCAGCCUCUCCCCCCACCU